GUUUUUGCCUACCUUGUAUUUUCUUCACUUCCGUAAAGAUUUCAUCACUUCUCUCCCCUUUUCUUUUGUCUCAUUUCAGAAAAGAGAAAAUAAAAAAAGCAUGAUCAAAUCUUCUGCGUUCAUCCUCCUUCUGGGAGUUUUAAUUUCCUGCGGUGUGAGCUAUGUGAGAUCUGAUGCAUCCGAUCACCGAUACAAGGACGGCGACCCGGUUCCUCUCUAUGCCAAUAAGGUCGGCCCGUUUCACAACCCCAGUGAAACGUAUCGGUAUUUCGAUCUGCCCUUCUGCGUUCCAGAACAUUUGAAAGAGAAGAAAGAAGCUCUAGGUGAAGUUCUGAAUGGGGAUCGGCUUGUUAGUGCUCCUUAUAAACUCAACUUCAAAGAAGAGAAAGACUCUGCUGUUGUUUGUAGAAAGAAGCUUACCAAGGAAGAUGUUGCUCAGUUCCGAAAGGCAGUUGAAAAGGACUAUUACUUCCAAAUGUACUACGAUGAUUUGCCCAUCUGGGGCUUCAUUGGAAAAGUUGACAAGGAAGGCAAAGCUGAUCCAAGCGAGUACAAAUAUUUCCUUUACAAGCAUACUCAGUUUGAUGUUCUUUACAAUAAGGACCGUGUAAUUGAAAUCAGUGCUAGAAUGGAUCCUCAUUCCCUCCUGGACCUCACGGAAGACAAGGAAGUUGAUGCUGAGUUCAUGUACACUGUGAAAUGGAAGGAAACUGAAACUCCUUUUGAGAAGAGGAUGGAGAAGUACUCGAUGUCAUCUUCACUGCCACAUCACUUGGAAAUUCAUUGGUUCUCUAUAAUUAACUCCUGUGUCACUGUUCUCCUUCUGACUGGUUUUCUUGCAACAAUUUUGAUGCGUGUCCUGAAGAACGAUUUCAUGAAGUAUGCUCAAGAUGAGGAAGCUGCUGAUGACCAAGAGGAGACAGGAUGGAAGUACAUUCAUGGUGAUGUCUUUCGAUUCCCAAAAUACAAAUCCUUAUUUGCUGCAUGUCUUGGUUCUGGAACCCAGUUGUUCACUCUUACCGUGUUUAUUUUUAUGCUCGCUCUGGUUGGUGUCUUCUAUCCCUACAAUCGGGGAGCUUUAUUUACUGCUCUGGUGGUUAUUUAUGCCCUCACUUCUGGAAUUGCGGGAUAUACAGCAGCUUCUUUCUAUUGUCAGCUUGAGGGAAAGAAUUGGGUCCGGAAUCUUCUGCUCACUGGAUGCCUAUUUUGCGGGCCUCUGUUUCUUACAUUCUGCUUUCUGAAUACUGUUGCCAUUGCCUAUAGUGCAACUGCAGCUCUUCCUUUUGGCACUAUUGUGGUCAUUGUUCUAAUAUGGAUGUUAGUGACGUCACCACUGCUUGUGUUGGGUGGUAUUGCUGGAAAGAAUAGCAAGGCUGAGUUCCAAGCCCCUUGCCGCACCACAAAGUAUCCCCGAGAAAUUCCACCAUUGCCCUGGUAUAGGAGUGCUAUCCCUCAGAUGGCAAUGGCAGGCUUUCUUCCUUUUAGCGCUAUCUACAUUGAGCUCUACUACAUCUUCGCAAGUGUAUGGGGUCACAGGAUUUAUACCAUCUACAGCAUCUUGUUUAUCGUCUUUAUUAUUCUUCUAAUUGUCACUGCAUUUAUAACUGUGGCUUUGACGUACUUCCAACUUGCUGCUGAAGAUCAUGAAUGGUGGUGGAGGUCUUUUCUUUGUGGAGGAUCAACUGGGCUGUUUAUCUAUGCAUAUUGCUUAUAUUACUACUAUGCACGAUCAGACAUGUCUGGUUUCAUGCAAACCUCCUUUUUCUUUGGGUAUAUGGCCUGCAUCUGCUGUGGUUUCUUCCUCAUGCUUGGGACUGUGGGUUUCCGUGCCUCGUUGCUGUUUGUUCGUCACAUAUACAGGUCAAUAAAAUGUGAGUAAUGGGUUGAGGCCGUUGCUUUUCUCUUUUUUUUUUUUUUUUUUUCAUUAACUCCGUCGUAGGUGAUGAUCUAUGAUUUUUGGCAAAACUUAGGUUAGAGAAUGGCCUGCAAAUGAGGCUAGCUAAACAAAACAAAUUACCCACUUUAGAUGGUUAUGUUGUUUGUUGGCUUGGUCUUUGAGAGCCUUUCUGGCAUUAUGGGGUAUUGAUUUUUUGGGUAUAUCUAAUUAUGAAGAUAUGGGUUUAUAUAGGUAGGCGCUCGUAUUGGUUACGUGUAUCUUUUAAUUUUCUAGAGGAAACUUGGUUCAUUUCUAUGCGAUAGAAAGUUGUCUUCA